CUCCCGAAUGCUGGGAUUGCAGGGUUAUUUAGAUUAUUAGAGAUUUUAAUGUUCCAGAAGACUUCGUCAAAGAAUUAUUUUCACUUUUGUUCAAGAGAAAGCUUUGAAUCUGUCAGCUAGCUCAUAAAGAAGUCAUUUUUGUGGGUUACAUAUAUAGAUGUUUUCAUGAAGAGGAGUGAAAAGCCAGAAGGAUAUAGACAAAUGAGGCCUAAGACCUUUCCUGCCAGUAAUUACACUGGCAGCAGCCGGCAAAUGUUGCAAGAAAUUCGGGAAUCCCUUAGGAAUUUAUCCAAACCAUCUGAUGCUGCUAAGGCUGAGUAUAAUAUGACCAAAAUGUCAACUGAAGAUGCUCGACAAAUGAGAAAUCCACCCAAAUUUGGGACAUAUCAUAAAGCCUUGCAAGAAAUUCGAAACUCUUUACUACCAUUUGCAAAUGAAACAAGUUCUUCCUCCAGGAGUACUUCAGAAGUUAAUCCACAGAUGUUUCAAGAUUUGCAGGCUGCUGGAUUUGAUGAGGAUAUGGUUAUACAGGCUCUGCAGAAAACUAAUAAUAGGAGUAUAGAAGCAGCAAUUGAAUUCAUUAGUAAAAUGAGUUACCAAGACCCUCGGCGGGAGCAGAUGGCUACAGCAGCUGCCAGACCUAUCAAUGCCAGCAUGAAGCCAGGAAGUGUGCAACAAUCAAUUAACCGCAAACAAAGCUGGAAAGGUUCUAAAGAGUCUUUGGUUCCUCAGAGACAUGGCCCACCUCUAGGAGAAAGUGUAGCCUAUCGUUCUGAAAGUCCCAACUCACAAACAGAUGUAGGAAGACCUUUGUCUGGAUCCGGUAUAACAGCAUUUGCUCAAGCUCACCCAAACAAUGGACAGAGAGUAAACCCCCUCCCACCUCCUCAAGUAAGGAGUGUCACUCCACCACCUCCUCCAAGAGGCCAGACUCCCCCUCCACGAGGUACAACUCCACCUCCCCCAUCGUGGGAAUCAAACUCUCAAACAAAGCGGUAUUCUGGGAACAUGGAAUAUGUAAUCUCCCGAAUCUCUCCUGUUCCACCUGGGGCAUGGCAAGAGGGCUAUCCUCCACCUCCUCUUAACACUUCCACCAUGAAUCCUCCUAACCAGGGACAAAGGGGCAUUAGUUCUGUUCCUGUUGGCAGACAACCAAUCAUCAUGCAGAGUUCUAACAAAUUUAACUUUACACCAGGGAGGCCUGGAAUUCAGAAUGGUAGUCAGACUGAUUUUAUGAUACACCAAAAUGUUGUCCCUGCUGGCACUGUGAAUUGGCAACCACCUCCUCCAUAUCCUCUGACCCCAGCUAAUGGACAAAGCCCUUCCACUUUACAAACAGGGGGAUCUACCGCGCCUUCAUCAUACACCAAUGGAAAUGUGCCUCAGUCUAUGAUGGUGCCAAACAGAAGUAGUCAUAACAUGGAACUUUACAACAUUAAUGUCCCUGGACUGCAAACAUCUUGGCCUCAGUCAUCUUCUGCUCCCGCCCAAUCAUCCCCAAGCAGCGGACAUGAAAUUCCCACAUGGCAACCUAACAUACCAGUCAGGUCAAAUUCUUUUAAUAACCCAUUAGGAAAUAGAACAAGUCACUCAGCUAAUUCUCAACCUUCAGCUACAACAGUCACUGCGAUCACACCAGCUCCUAUUCAACAACCUGUGAAAAGCACGCGCGUCUUCAAGCCAGAGCUACAGACUGCUUUAGCACCUACCCACCCUUCCUGGAUACCACAGCCAGUUCAAACUGUUCAACCUAGCCCUUUUUCUGAGGGUACCACUUCAAAUAUGACUGUUAUGCCACCUGUUGCUGAAGCUCCAACCUAUCAAGGUCCACCACCACCUUAUCCAAAGCAUCUGCUACACCAGAAUCCACCAGUUCCUCCAUAUGAAUCAAUAAAUAAAUCUAGCAAAGAGGAUCAGUCUAGCUUGCCCAAGGAAGAUGAGGAUGAGAAAAGUUUUGAAAAUAUUGAUAAUGGGGAUAAAGAAAAGAAGCAGAUUACAACUUCACCUAUCACUGUUAGAAAAAACAAGAGAGAUGAAGAGCGAAGGGAAUCUCGUAUUCAGAGUUACUCUCCUCAGGCAUUUAAAUUCUUUAUGGAACAACAUGUAGAAAAUGUCCUCAAAUCUCAUCAACAACGUCUACAUCGUAAAAAACAACUGGAGAAUGAAAUGAUGCGGGUUGGAUUAUCUCAAGAUGCCCAGGAUCAAAUGAGAAAGAUGCUUUGCCAAAAAGAGUCUAAUUACAUUCGUCUGAAAAGGGCUAAAAUGGAUAAGUCUAUGUUUGUCAAGAUAAAGACACUGGGAAUAGGAGCAUUUGGUGAAGUCUGUCUAGCAAGAAAAGUAGAUACUAAAGCUUUGUAUGCAACAAAAACUCUUCGAAAAAAAGAUGUUUUGCUUCGAAAUCAAGUUGCCCAUGUUAAAGCUGAGAGAGAUAUAUUGGCCGAAGCUGACAAUGAAUGGGUAGUUCGCUUAUAUUAUUCAUUUCAAGACAAGGACAAUUUAUACUUUGUAAUGGACUACAUUCCUGGGGGUGAUAUGAUGAGCCUGUUAAUUAGAAUGGGAAUAUUUCCAGAAAAUCUGGCACGAUUCUAUAUAGCAGAACUUACUUGUGCAGUUGAAAGUGUUCAUAAAAUGGGUUUUAUUCAUAGAGAUAUUAAACCUGAUAAUAUUUUGAUUGAUCGUGAUGGUCAUAUUAAAUUGACUGACUUUGGCCUCUGCACUGGCUUCAGAUGGACACAUGAUUCCAAGUACUAUCAGAGUGGUGACCACCCACGGCAAGAUAGCAUGGAUUUCAGCAAUGAGUGGGGUGAUCCCUCCAACUGUAGAUGUGGAGAUAGACUAAAGCCUCUGGAGCGCAGAGCUGCACGCCAGCACCAGCGAUGUCUAGCACAUUCUUUGGUUGGGACUCCCAAUUAUAUUGCACCUGAAGUGUUGCUACGAACAGGCUAUACACAGUUGUGUGAUUGGUGGAGUGUUGGUGUUAUUCUUUUUGAAAUGUUGGUGGGACAACCUCCUUUCUUGGCACAAACACCAUUAGAAACACAAAUGAAGGUUAUCAACUGGCAAACAUCUCUUCACAUUCCACCACAAGCUAAACUGAGUCCUGAAGCCUCUGAUCUGAUUAUUAAACUCUGCCGAGGACCAGAAGAUCGCUUAGGCAAGAAUGGUGCUGAUGAAAUAAAAGUUCAUCCAUUUUUUAAAACAGUUGAUUUCUCCAGUGAUCUGAGACAGCAGUCUGCGUCAUAUAUUCCUAAAAUCACACACCCAACAGACACAUCCAAUUUUGACCCUGUUGAUCCUGACAAGUUAUGGAGUGAUGAUAACGAGGAAGAAAAUGUAAAUGACACUCUCAAUGGAUGGUAUAAAAAUGGAAAGCACCCUGAACAUGCUUUCUAUGAAUUUACCUUUCGGCGGUUCUUUGAUGACAAUGGCUACCCAUAUAAUUAUCCAAAACCUAUCGAAUAUGAACACAUUAAUUCACAAGGCUCAGAGCAACAUUCAGAUGAAGAUGAUCAACAUAAAGGCUCAGAGAUCAAAAAUCGUGAUCUAGUGUAUGUUUAACACACUAGAAAAUAAUCAUAGUGAGAAUCUGCAAUAAGGCCUAAAAUACUGGGCUUUUUGAAAUGCUGAAAGUAAAAUUAUGCAACUGUGGCAGAGCUAUGUAUGUGUGCUCUGUGUACAAUAUUUUAUUUUCCUAAAUUAUAGGAAAUCCUUUUAAAAUUUUAAUUUAUUCCAACCUUUUUAAAUCAGUAAUUUAGAAAAAAUUGUUAUACAUAAGUUAUGAACUGAACAUUACAGUCAGUUCUUGGUACUUAAAGUACUUAAAAUAAAAAAUUAGUGCUUUGUUUUAAAAGGAGAAGCCUGUUAUCUAUUUGUAUAUAUGCUGAAUAAUUUUAAAACUCAAGAGUUUUUGAAAGACAUUUUUAGUUUUUAUCUUGCUUUAACCAAAUAUGAAACAUACCCCUAUUUACAGAGCUCUUCUCCCCUCCUCCCCAGUUUUGUUUGGUACAAAAUAAGCUAGAGAAAUUAAGCCAUCAUUUGCAGUGUUCCUGGGUUAAUAACAAUUUGUAUAAGUUAUAUCCUGGAACUAAGAAAUACAGGGUGGAAACAAUACGUUCAUGAGAAGGAAAAAUAAUGCAGAUAUCUUUUCUCCCCUCUGUGGAAUGCUUAGUCUUUUAGCUUUUUUUCUUCUAGCUUUUUUUUUUUUAAUAAAUACUGGCUUUAAAAGAAGCCAAAGCACUACUAGUUUUCUUUCCAUUUUGGUAUUAAUGCUGCUUCCAGUUUUAAAAGGGAACAAAGUUGCCGUAAAUCAAAAAUUCUGAAUACUAAAAGCUGAGGUCUUUUAUAGUUUUACUUUGAAAUUGAAAUGUUUUUGUACCAUUCUAAGCCAAGAAAUUAUUUUCAG